GUCUUUCUACUAAUAACCGUUCUGGUCAUUAUACGCAGGAUGUCCCUCUCUUAAAAAGUAAGCAACAUAAUUUCGCCUACAGAAUUCCUUGAAAUUUUGUGUUCUGACAUAGGCUGGUUAUCUGUCACAAGAAUUAGUUCCUGCUAAGAGAUACCACAGCUGUAUUAAACAUGUCCUCCAGUAACAAAUGUACAAAUUGUGGAUCUCUGGAGUUGGAUACAGAUCCAGCAAGAGGAGAUGUUGUGUGUACUAAUUGUGGUACUGUUCUGGAGCAUAGUGCUAUUGUUUCUGAAGUUCAGUUUGAGGAAAAUGCUCAUGGUGGUUCCUCGGCAUUGGGACAGUUUGUGUCAUCUGAUUCCAAAGGUGGUGCUAGAGGUUUUGGCCAAACAUUCCAUACUGGUCUUGGCAAAGAGUCCCGUGAAAUAACUCUACAAAAUGCCAAGAAAGCCAUCACUAAUUUAGCUCAUCAGCUAACUGGUUUGAGCCAAUUGUGUAUUGAUGAAGCCUUCAAUUUUUUCAAAAUGGCAUUGUCACGGCAAUUAACUCGAGGUCGGCGGAGCACACAUGUUAUUGCCGCCUGCCUAUACAUCACAUGUCGCGUUGAAGGAACAACCCAUUUACUAAUCGACUUCAGUGAUGUGCUCCAAAUUGAUGUUUACGAAUUGGGUCGCACAUAUCUCAGACUCUCUCAAGCUCUCAGUCUGUCCAUUCCAGUGAUGGACCCCUGCCUGUACAUUCUUCGGUUCGCCCAUCGGCUGGACUUCGGCAAGAAGACGCAGCAGGUGUCCAUGACGGCCCUGCGUCUGGUGCAGCGGAUGAAGAGGGACUCGAUCCACACCGGCAGGCGGCCGUCGGGCCUGUGCGGAGCAGCUCUGCUGAUUGCUGCGAGGCUGCACGAGUUCAACCGCACCGUAGACGACGUCAUCAGGGUAGUCAAGGUGCAUGAGUCAACCUUGCGUAAAAGGUUGAUGGAAUUUGGUGAAACGCCUUCGUCUGCACUGACACUUGAUGAGUUCAUGAGUGUUGACCUGGAAGAGGAGCAGGACCCUCCAUCCUUCAAAGCAGCUCGGAAAAAGGACAGAGAACGGCUUCAAAAGCUGAUGGAUGAAAAUGAUAUGGACAGCCACGUUAACCAACUACAAAAAGAAAUUGAGAGACAACUAGAAGACCGCAAAGUAAGGUCCAAACGAUUUUCUUCUGCUACUGCUUCACUUUUGCGGAGUCCUCCUGAGGGACCGUCUAAUCCUACCUUAGAUCCCGAAAGUGCUGAAGCAGAUCGUUUUGCCUCUCAAUCCACUAUUGGAGUCAUAAAGGAUUGUCUCUCUAACACAGCCAGUACCAGUAAUCAAAACACACCCUCUGAAGGAUUAGGUCCAAGUAUAGCUAGUAUGGGACUUUUAGAAAGCACACGAGAAAAGCCCAUAGAGGAGGAAACAGAAGCCCAACAAACAGGGGAAUUAGAUUUAAAUGAUAUUGAUGACAAUGAAAUUGAUUCGUAUAUCAUGUCUGAACAAGAGGCUCUAAACAAAGACUCUCUUUGGAUGAAAGUGAAUGCAGAUUAUUUAAAAGAACUUAAAGAGAAAGAAGAAAAGGCCAAACGCGAUCAGGAGGAAGGCAAACCUGAAAAGAAGAAGCGAAAGCCAAGCAACAAAAAAGCCAAAGGAAAUGUGGGCUCAUCAAGUGGUUCUGCUGGUGAGGCAGUCCAAAAGAUGUUACAAGAGAAAAAAAUGUCUUCAAAACUUAAUUAUGAUGUUCUUAAAAACCUCACGGUUGACCUACACACAGACCUGGUGCCUGUCACUUCAUCACGGCUCAUCGAAAGCAAGAGGGAAAGAUUGGAGUCAGAGAAUGAAGCUGUAGUGGAACCCCCUCUCAAGGUCAUAAAAACCGAAAAGAAAGCACCCAGGGUGGCAACAGCCAUCCGGAGAGGGAAGAAGAUGGAGUCUGCUGUGCUUCCAAUACUCCCAGAUACUCCAGCUACUCCAGUUACCACUGCUUCUAAUCCCCCCGAGGAAGCAGAUGAUGCAGAGGACUAUGAAGACAUGGAACCUGAAGAAGAGCAUCCGGACCAGGGAAUGUCAAUAUCUCACAUGCUAAACCAACACAGAGGCGAAGAUGACUGCUAUGGUGGGGAUUAUGAUUAUGAUGAUUAUUGAUGUAAAAUGAGGAGCUACGGUACUAGCCUUACUUGUACAUUGAAAGAUUUUAUACUUAUUUUAAAAGUAAUAAUCUACUUUGUGAAGAUGAAACUAAUCUCCUUUGAUGUGAUGUUGCAUAUUUAUAAUGCAGUUUGACCAUAGGGUCAAAAUUUCUGUGAUAAUUCUAUUUAUAUAUUAGUAGUCAAACAUGACAGUAUAGAACCAUUGGAGAGCCUUUCAUUUAUUAAAUGCCAGCAUAUUGUUAAAAAAAAUACACUGUUACGUAUUUCCAUUCUCCUCUGGCCUUGGUUUAAAUUCUCAUUUGAUUUUCCUGUCUUAUAAUGUUUUCAAAAAGCAUGUGUGAAUAUGUGUCUGUGUAAUUUAGAACACAGAGAAUUUAAUUUUUUGUCGAGAAAAGAGCAAUUUAUGUGACAAGUAUUUAAUAAAUUAUUAAUCCUGUAGACUUAGGAUGAGAGUAUAAUAUGUGUUUGUAGUGUACAAUAUUUAUGAUUGUAAGAUUAUUUGUUUUUACAUGAGGCAUGAAUGGUCACUAAAAGAACCUGCUGUACUUGCAAAAUGUCAUUCUUAUGAAGUAUGAUAAUUGCAUCUGAUUGUAUCCUAAAUCUUUCAUUUUCUUUGUCCUUCUCCACUUUUGAUCAAAAAGAGUGAAAUUAAAGGCGCAGGCGCAACCUCUUGACUGUGAAACUUACUAUAUUUUAAAGCAUAUCAAUUUCAAGGAUGUUAAUGCCCGAUUUGCAUUUUUUUUUUUAAAUCUGAAAAGUUUUGAGCUUUUGAAGCUUUGGAAUAAACAGUCUUUUCCCAGUA